AUGAAGUUCUCUAUCUCUCUCGUUCUCCCGCUCCUUCGGCUUGCGGGCCUCGCCUGGGCUGGGUGCCAGGACAACGCGGACGGUUUUGCUGCGCUGAACGGCGGUACCACUGGCGGCAACGGUGGCACUGUAGUGACUGUCAACAAUCAAGCAGACCUCGAGAAGUACGCCAAAGCGAGUGGAAAGUAUGUGAUCAAAGUGUCGGGCAAGAUCAACAUCUCGCCCAAAGGGACCGAGGUUGAUGUAGCCAACGACAAGACCAUCGUCGGUAUUGGCGCGACUGCUCAGAUUUCUGGGGGAGGCUUCCGGAUCAUCAACAGGCGCAACGUUAUUAUUCGCAACCUGCGAAUUGGCAACACCGAUGGUGGCGAGGAACUGGACUGGGACGGAAUCCAGGUUGAUACCUCUACCAACAUCUGGAUCGACCACUGCAUCUUCGAAACCAUCGGCGACGGAGGCAUCGACCUGCGCAAGGAUUCGGACUACUGGACCGUAUCCAACUCGUGGAUCAAGGGCGUCAACAAGGCAUUCGGUAUCGGCUGGACCGACAACGUCGUGACCAAGGGGACGAUCCACCACGUCUACUUCGACGGAACAACGCAGCGGAAUCCCAGCGCGGACAACAUGCUUUACGCCCACAUGUACAACAAUUACCUGCGGGGCUGCAAGAGUUACGGCCACUAUGCCCGCGGUGCGACCAACGCGCGCAUCGAGAACGUAUAUUUUGAGGACUGCAAGAAUCCGCUCACCGCAGAUUCGGAGGCCACGCUGACGGCUAUCGGCAACAUUUACGACGGCACCAGCGGCACCAUUGCCAAAGACAUCGGCGUCUCGUUCGACCCGGCCAACUUCUAUUCGUACAAGCUCAACGCUACCGCCGACGUGCCUAGCAUCGUUCUCGCAAACGCUGGUCCCAAGGCUGAUGUAUGCACCUAG